AUGAGCCGUCAGGGGCUGCGGGCCCCGAUAGGUUCCGGGAGCGAGAAGCGAGCCCGGUCAUUCCCUCAGUUCCGCUGCGGCGUCGAAAUGCUGGAAGCACUCAAGGCCCUCUCGACCUUUUUUGUCGAAAACAGUUUGCGCACCCGAAGAAACUUGCGCGGAGACAUUGAGCGACGAAGCUUAGCCAUAAAUGAAGAAUUUGUCCACAUAUUCAAGCAAGUUAAAGAGGAGCUUGAGAGUAUAAAUGAAGAUGUGCAAGCAAUGAGCAGCUGCUGUGAAGAUAUGUCCAGUCGUUUGAAGGCGGCAAAGGAACAAACCCAGGACUUGAUAGUAAAAACCACAAAACUCCAGGCAGAAAA